CGCACAUUAAUCGUUGCGCGAUCGUGGCGCUACUUCUAUUGUGGCGACAUCAAUCUACGGUAUAUGGUAUAUCAGCGAUGGUGUAGCGAUCGCCUUAGAAUUCUCGAAAAUUUGUCGAAGUACUCGAUGAACUUCGGGUAUUUAAAAAUUUCCUUCGCUUCAUACGAAGACUGUCCCACAUAAUAAAUGACAGAUGGAUGAAGCUAAGCAUUACAAAUUCACUUCUACUUCCAUUAUAUGAUCAAAUGAUCUGGAUAAGUAUCGUUUGCACAUGCCAAAAUAGUUAGCGCAGCCAAGAUGAACAUCAAUUCCGUAGGCAUUGCCGAUCUCUUUAACCUAUUAGAAUCCAACAAGCUCGGGGAAGUAGAAGAAAUAAAGAAAGUAUUCCACGAACUUUUUCUCUGUACGAAAGACAAUUGGUUGGUCAAUGGCCUUUUCGACUAUUAUCUGUCUACAAAUUCUUCGCGAGCCGUCGAAGUAUUAGCCGGCGUUCGAGAUCCGCAUGACAAGCAUCUAUUAGAUCGUUUAUCCGAAGCUCUUUCCAAACCUGGAAGCAGCAGCCAAAGAAUUCAAACUCUUACUUUACUAGGUCAUAUUGUUCGUCGCCAACCAACUUGGCUGUAUAAACUUGCAGGUCAUGCUUUAUUUCGGGAUUUGCUGAAGUUACUUAAGAUGGAAGCAGAUACAUUAUCCCUCAUGAGCGCUCUUCUUCUGUUGGUAAUGCUAUUACCAAUGUUACCAGCUGCUUUAGGGCCGUACCUCUCAGAAAUUUUUGACGUGUUCGGCCGAUUGGCUUCAUAUUACCAUCAUCAGUCGUUGUCUUUGUUUGCUACUCCUAUGCAUUUUACUCUUACGACAGCAGGAACUAUCGAUAAAAAUCAUUUAUAUUUAUUACAUCUACAAGUGGGACUGUACAGUUUAUUCCACAGACUAUAUGCCAUGUAUCCUUGCAACUUCAUCUCAUAUUUGAAACAACAAUAUAUUCAGCGAGACCAACUGGCUACUUUUACUCAUACAAUUAGGCCAAUGUUGGAUUCAGUGCGUAUGCAUCCAUUACUCGUUACUGCAUCUAAAGAUGCAGAGAUUUCUGCCGCUAGGUGGAAAAAAAUGGAACACCACGAUGUUAUGGCAGAAUGUGGUCGGUUCACGUUAGACAAAUGUCGGGAGGAAGUAUUCAACGCUGUAAAUUCACGCUCUACGCCGCCCUUAGAUCACUCUUCUAUGUAUACCUCAAUAAACGCUAGCGGAGGUGUAGCACCAUUAGAAGCUACCAGCAAUGGCGAAGAUGAUACAUUUUGGUCUCCAAGUAUGUCGGUGCCACCGCUUAGCCCUCCGUAUCCAGCUACAUCUCACGAACAACGAUCUGCUCCUUCAACGCCCAAUAACAACAGAAGUGGCACAUCUCCGCCAGAAGCUGCGGUUGAAGCCACACCCGAAACAACUCCCGUUAAAGAUUUACGGAAAUUAUCAGCAAAACAAGUACCUGUGGGAUCUGCCGCAGUACGUGCUCUUUCCGCGUUCGGUAACGGUACAGUGGGAUCGAAUUCUCGACCGUCGACACCUGUUCCCUUAAAUCCAUCAGCGUCCGCGACAACCAGCUUUACAAUUGGAAGCGGGGAUGGAAGCAACGCGCAUGGAUUCCUUUCGCACAGGAUAAGUAAAAUCAUAGCGGAUAGGCAAGGCGUUAGCCAACCGAGGCCGUCCGGGAACGUUGACGAAAACGGGAGAUUUUCAGAAGUGGAUACUAAUCAGAAUGGAAAAAACGAUUCUUGGCAGGAAGAUCAAGAGGUUUUAGAAAUUGUAAGCUCUCAAGCUGCUGGGAAACACGAUUGCUCGAAAUACGUUGAACGACACCAAAACAGCAAUGAGAAAAUGCAAAAUGCUUUCGGGAGGGUUUAUCAACUGCGUUUGUAUUCUCAGUGUCAAGCCCCGGCACAAUAUUCGAAUUCUAGUUCUAUUUGCAAGGUUCGGAAAAGUAAAUCUUGCCCGGAUAUGGAUAUCCAGAAUCAAGUUAACGUUGACAAAACAACGAAUGAAUUGAAAGAGAUCGGGAGAAAACGAUUGGAAGAGAUUGGAACUCAAACGUCUGAUAACCUCCCGUACGAAUAUCUGCUGCUGGGCAUUUUAGAUCAAAAAAAUCAAAUGAAUGUACAGAAACGCGUUCAACAAGAUGCUGAAUACAGAUUGUCGCCAACUGCGAUGCUCGAUCGAUACGUCGAAGCUUGCACACGUACCAGUAGUAAUGUUUCCGGUGACAAAAUGAGGGCUAAUCCAAUCAAACAGAAGCACAGGAAAGAGAACGACAACGAAGACGAACCUGGGGAGGAAGAUGGUUUAGACGCUGCAUGUGCAAGCCAACUGUUACAACUCAUGCAAAUUCAAUUGCAGUUCGAACGACAACGUAGAGAAGUUCACGCCGAACGUAAUCGAAGACUUCUCGGUAAACUGAGGGAUUCGCGCGCGUUAGAAGAGCAUAAUUAUGCGUUGACUGAUCGAUUGAAAAUGAUGGAAAAAGAAGUAGAGGCUUUGAAGGCUGAAUUAGAACGUAACAAGAGAGAAGCUUGUCAAGCUGAACAACAAUACAAAGAGGCAUUGCAUCAUUGGCAAACUAAGUGUGUAGAAGAAGAACGACAGAAUCAGACGGUUAAGGAUCUUCUUCAAUCUGUCGAAGUCGAAUUGAAGAACGAACAAAAGAAGUUGGUGGAAUGUGAACAGCGACUUCGUUCCACGGACGCUUCCCUUUUCGAUGCGGGGCAUCGAUUGAGGGUAGCGUUGAAAGCUGCGGAUCGUAGUAAAGAAUUAGAACGGACUCUCGAUACCGUACAAAAGAAAUUCCUUCUGCUCGGAGAGGCGCAAGCGAAACUGCAAGAAAGUACGGGUGGUCUUUCGCCGAUGAGUAAACAAGAAGCAACGCAGAUACAAAGAUCGUACGCGGAAGAAUUAACUAAUUUACGACGACAAUUGGAGUCGCGAACAUCUCUCGUAGAAGCUUUGAAAGUGCGUCUAGGCGAACUAGAAAAUAAAGACGCUCGAAAGGAAGCGCAACUCGUAGAGUUGCAACGACUUUUACAGGAAACGAAAGAUCAACACGAGUCCGAGUUAGAGGCCGUCGAGUCGAAAUAUAAAGCGCAAGUCGAAAUCAAUCUUCUUCUUGAAAGUCGUAUACUCGAGCUUCAUGGGACAUUGGAACAGGCAACGAAUAGUGCCACUGCUAUGAAUAAUCUUGCUUCUUCGGCAUCACCUAAAGAGAGAUCACCUCCACUGUCGGCCAGUUUAGCUUCUUCCAGUGAAGGAAGCCUUGCCUUUAUUCAUUCAGGUACUGGAAUUAUGAUGAAUGACUGUUGUGAUACCGCAGGCGAAAUUUCUAAUCUUCAAGUCAUCGUCGAGCCUGUCCCAGUUCAGGCGACUUCACCGUCUCACCAUAGUCAACUGAAACGAAAUCCUAAACAAGACUAACGCUACGCAAAAACGGCCAUCGAGUCUUUUCGCAUGCAGCAAUUCUGUUUUGCACGCGAGCAACUGUUAUCCAGUGCCGUGGUAUUAAAUCAGAAGAAAGUUAUUUGUAGCUUUUUAUCGACAUAUUAUGCGGAAUUCAUAAAAAUAUUAUUAUCGCGUGAUUUCGAUAAAUAAUUGAAAAUACACUGGUAAUUAAUCAAAUUACUAGCGUGAUAUGAUUUCACUCUUGAAAAAUGAAUUCACAAUGAAUAAAUGGUUGAGAUAUUUUGUGAGCAA